CCAUUUUUCCAGAGCCUCCUAUAACCCAUCUACGGGUGGGCGCAUUGAGAUGACGAUGAAGGUGGCCAUGAAGACAGCCGUGCUGCUGACAGCCCUGGUCCUCCUCUGUCUCCAAGACGUGGAGGCGAAGAGAAGGAGGGGCGGCUUCAGCAUGGGUCGGCGGCGGUCUGCCUCCAGCAGCUACCCGAAGCAGAAGCAGUGGUCGAGUUGGAGCUCUUCUAGCAACACGGGAGGCUCGUCCUACCCGAAACAGAACCAGUGGUCCUCCUGGGGCAACACAGGGGGGUCCUCGUGGAGCAACACGGGAGGGUCCUCAUAUGGGAAUUCGGGAUCGUCCUGGAACAACAGGGGGAAUUCUGGCUCGUCUUAUGGAAGCUCGUCGACCACCCGGUCCAGGAAGCGGUGGGGCACGUCCAAGGUGGCCACCGCCGCCAUAGCCGGGGUCGCCGGGCUGUACGGAGGCUAUGUGCUGACGUCAAUGGCGUACAACUCUUUUGGGCCAAACUAUGGCUACAACUACAAUUACGGGUACAACAACUACCGGCCGUACUACCAGAACGACUACUGUAGAGCUGGCUCGUGUGAAGUCAGGUUCACCGUCAACGACACCGUCAUACCCCCGCCUAGGGAUCCGACAAAAACCAACGUGACCAUUCCUGCGAACGCCGCGCUCGUGUUUCUGUGCCGGAAUGGCGGAACGUGUGACAGGAGCCACGUCUGUUACAACAACGUCUACCUGUACAACAACAAACUCUACCCUGACUACCCCAGGGUUGCUUCUGCGGGCAGCGUCGCCGUCAGUACGUCCACCAACACCGGUACCCAGGUGACGGGACCGUCCCGUACCACCGUCCGGAGCAACAUCACGGCGGUUAACGUGACGGCGGCCAACGUGACGACGGCGCCGCCCGUCACCGGGAACAUCGCCAAGAGACAGGCGCCGGCCCAGCCCCCGGAGAUGGUCCAAGUCUGCAUGCCCUCGGAUGCUGUUGGGACCGCCGCGUACGCUCUUCUUGUUACGAUGGCCUUCUUCUUUGCAAUGGUGGCGCCCUGAUUGAAAGCUGGUAUCUAACCUGGUCUAUUAUAUAUAUAAAGGCUUAAUGGAGCGUUGAAGCACUGCCCUUUUGUAUCUAUACUUUUAUCCCUAGUUGAACCGUCAAGCAAGGAGACGAAGAGAGUUGCAAACUCCGUCUUAUGUUGGCUGUGUAAAUUGGACUGUUGUUUUAAGAACAGAUUUUUUAAUGUACAUGUGUUACUGUAUAGCAAAAAAAAAUGCUGCCUGUAAUCAUUACUUGUACCGUCAUGUAGAGCACAUGUAUUUAGUGUUAGAGGCCCCACACUGAUAUAUAAAAUCAUUGUGUAAAUGUACACGUAGACCACAUCUAUACCAGUGUCUGUACACAAGGCUUUAUAGCAUGGCGUAACCACGCCUAUGACCUGUGUUAAGAGGAUGUUAAUCUUGCACAGGCAUUGGGUAAUGCUGUAAUUUGAUAUUUGUAUCAUAUGUACUGUAUCAUUACUAAUCUGUUAUAUCUUUAUUACACUUGUAAAGUAUUGUAAUUUAAAGGAUGGAGAAUAAGAUUAACAUUUAGAUGUUGAUUCAAAUGCAACUGAUGAAAUAUAAGAAACAGAACAGUGAAAAAGUACCGCACAAGUUUGACAUGACAAAUUGUAUGUGCAAUAUAUAUCCUAUACUAGAAUGCUAUAAAUUGUAUAAAUUUUAUGGAUGUGAUAUCUUGACAGUGUAAGCAGUACUGUUGUGAUGUGAAAUAAAACA